CCGGCCGCGCCGCGGCCGCGCCGAUGGCGGUGAAUUACGCGGCCGGGCUGUCCCCAUACUCGGACAAGGGCAAGUGCGGCCUCCCCGAGAUUUUUGACCCUCCGGAGGAGCUGGAGCGGAAGGUGCGGGAGCUGGCGGACCUGAUCCGGAGCUCCUCCAAUGUGGUGUUUCACACGGGGGCAGGGAUCAGCACGGCCUCGGGGAUCCCUGACUUCAGGGGCCCCAAUGGUGUCUGGACUAUGGAAGAGAAAGGGCUCUCCCCGAAGUUCGACACCACCUUUGAGAACGCCAGGCCCUCCAAGACUCACAUGGCGCUGCUGGGGCUGCAGAGAGUGGGAAUCCUGAAAUUCCUGGUCAGCCAGAACGUGGACGGCCUGCACGUGCGGUCAGGAUUCCCACGGGACAAGCUGGCCGAGCUCCAUGGGAACAUGUUUGUGGAAGAGUGCGUGAAAUGUGGGAAUCCGUGUCUCCGCAGGCAGUACGUGCGCGACGCCGUCGUGGGCAGCAUGGGGCUCAAGCCCACGGGCCGCCUCUGCAGCGUCACCAAGGCCCGGGGGCUGCGGGCCUGCAGAGGGAAGUUACGAGACACUAUUCUGGAUUGGGAAGAUUCCCUGCCCGACCGUGACCUGACGCUGGCAGAUGAAGCCUGCAGGAAAGCCGAUCUCUCUGUCACCCUGGGGACCUCUCUGCAGAUCAAACCCAGUGGGAACCUCCCUCUGAUCACCAAGAAGAGAGGAGGGAAGUUGGUCAUUGUCAACCUCCAAGCAACCAAACACGACCGCCAGGCCGACCUGCGCAUCCACGGCUACGUCGAUGACGUGAUGACCAAGCUGAUGAAGCACCUGGGGCUGGAGGUGCCCGAGUGGACGGGGCCGGUGGUGGUGGAGAGCGCCGAGCUGGCCACGGCCGAGCAGCUGCAGGGGCGGCUGAAGGAGGAGCCCCUGGCCCAGCACAACGGCGCGGGAACGCCGCACCCCGGGAAGGCGCCGCUGGAGCGCCGGGACGGGCUCAAGCAGGAGUGUCCCAGCCCGGACACGGGGCCGACGCCGGUGAAGAAGAUGAAGGUGGAGCCUCUCCUCACCUGACCUGGACUGUCCCUGUCUCACCUGGGCUGCUUUUCCUACCGACUUUUUUUUAUACCCUUAAAUAUUGUCCCUUUUUUUAUGUCAGUAUUAAACACACUUGAAUUGUG